AGGGGUCGUUGUUGUUUGCUGGGGUGGAGUGGAGUUGCAACCGAGUCGCCCGUACCGCAAGCCCCAUAUCCGCCUAUAUAUGUAUUACCUGUAUCUUACUUCUGUUCCCUCAAACCACACGGCAUUUCUUCAUACUCUGGUGUAGAGUUUGUGAUACAAAGACUGUAAAUGGAUACCUUCCUCUUCACCUCGGAGUCUGUCAAUGAAGGCCACCCUGACAAGCUUUGUGACCAAGUCUCAGAUGCCAUUCUUGAUGCUUGUCUAGCUCAAGAUCCAGAUAGCAAAGUUGCGUGUGAAACAUGCACAAAGACUAAUAUGGUCAUGGUCUUUGGGGAGAUCACGACCAAAGCCAACAUAAACUAUGAGAAGAUAGUUCGGGAUACCUGCAGAGGUAUUGGGUUCACGUCAGCUGAUGUUGGCCUUGAUGCUGACAAAUGCAAGGUCCUUGUUAAUAUUGAGCAACAGAGCCCAGACAUUGCUCAGGGGGUUCAUGGUCAUCUCACAAAGAAACCGGAAGAAAUUGGAGCUGGUGACCAAGGCCACAUGUUUGGCUAUGCCACAGAUGAAACUCCGGAGCUCAUGCCACUCACUCAUGUUCUUGCCACCAAGCUUGGGGCGAAGCUCACAGAAGUGAGAAAGAACAAGACUUGCCCAUGGCUGAGACCUGAUGGUAAGACCCAAGUUACUGUCGAGUACAAGAAUGAUGGUGGUGCCAUGGUUCCUAUCAGAGUUCACACCGUUCUCAUCUCAACCCAGCAUGAUGAAACUGUUACAAAUGAUCAGAUAGCCAAGGAUUUGAAAGAACAUGUGAUCAAGCCUGUGAUUCCUGCUCAGUACCUUGAUGACAGAACAAUCUUCCACCUCAACCCGUCAGGUCGAUUUGUUAUUGGUGGGCCGCAUGGAGAUGCUGGACUCACUGGUAGGAAAAUUAUCAUUGAUACCUAUGGUGGCUGGGGUGCUCAUGGUGGAGGUGCUUUCUCGGGCAAGGAUCCUACCAAGGUGGACAGGAGUGGUGCAUACAUUGUUAGGCAGGCAGCUAAGAGUGUAGUGGCUUCUGGACUUGCUCGUCGAUGCAUAGUGCAAGUUUCAUAUGCUAUUGGUGUAGCAGAGCCACUUUCAGUGUUUGUUGAUACCUACAAGACGGGUAAGAUAUCGGACAAGGACAUACUAGCCCUUAUAAAAGAGAACUUUGACUUUAGGCCUGGAAUGAUUGCCAUCAACCUUGAUCUGAAAAGAGGAGGGAACUUCAGAUACCAAAAGACUGCUGCCUAUGGACACUUUGGCCGUGAGGAUACCGAUUUCACGUGGGAGACAGCCAAGAUACUCAAACCUAAAGCUUGAGUUAGUGGGCUGUCAGCUAGAUAUUACUUCUGCAAACUGAAUUUGCAUACAAAUCAUACAGGUUGCAGAUGAAUAAAAUGAGCUAUAUGAGAUAAAUAACAUUAUGAUUCGUUCUAGGGUUGGAUUAACGUUUUCUGCACUUGAAUUUGAGGGAUUUGGGAGCCUGAAGUAUUUGUUAUACGCUUGUUUUACUUUUUCGAUAUUCUCGUAUCUGUUCUUUAGCCAGUCGUUGAAAUAUUUUAUUCGCAACAUCUUAUUUGUUUUGUGAUACUAUGUAUUACUCUGUUUUAUUUCAUGGUUUUUGUAUUCAUCGAACCACAUCUAUUUAGUUUUUAA